AUGUCCACGACAACACACCUUGCUCAGUCCGAUGUGGAUAGCUUCGACUACAUCAUCGUGGGUGGAGGGACGGCUGGCUGCGUGAUUGCCAGCCGGCUGGCAGAGUACCUCCCUCACAAGAAGACCCUUCUCAUUGAGGCCGGGCCUAGUGACUACAUGGAUGAUCGCGUGCUCCUGCUGAAAGACUGGCUGAAGUUGCUUGGAGGGGACCUCGACUAUGACUAUCCCACCACCGAACAGCCCAUGGGCAACUCGCACAUCCGUCACUCACGUGCAAAGGUUUUGGGAGGAUGUUCGAGCCAUAACACGCUGAUCUCCUUCCGGCCGUUUGAGUAUGACACCAAGAUCUGGGAAAGCCAGGGCGCCAAAGGGUGGUCGUUUGAGACGUUUAUGCGUCUGAUUGACAAACUCAGGAACAGCAUCCAGCCAGUUCACAACCGUCACAGGAACCAGCUGUGCAAGGAUUGGGUGAACUCGUGUUCCAGCGCGAUGGAUAUUCCGGUUGUGCAUGAUUUCAACAGGAAGAUCACGGAUGAGAGUGCGUUGGAGGGAAGUGUGGGGUUCUUCUCGGUGGCCUACAACCCGGAUGAUGGACGACGAAGCAGUGCGAGUGUCGCAUAUAUUCACCCAAUUCUGAGCGGGAAGGAGAAGAGGCCGAACCUGACGAUCCUGACGAAUGCGUGGGUCGGUAAGGUUAACGUGACCGGGGACAGGGUGACGGGAGUGAACCUAUCUCUUCAGUCUGGGGAGCGUCUCGUGUUGAAGGCGAAGACGGAGACGAUUUUGUGUGGAGGGGCUGUCGAUACGACGAGGUUGCUGCUGCUUUCUGGGAUUGGACCAGCCAAGGAUCUGUCAGAGCUGAAGAUUCCUGUCGUCAAGGAUAUCCCGGGUGUUGGAGAGAACCUGCAGGACCACCACGAGUCGAUUAUCAUCUGGGAACUCAACAGGCCAGUCCCGCAGAACCAGACGACCAUGGACUCGGAUGCCGGCAUCUUCCUUCGUCGUGAGAAGCCGAAUGCUGCGACGGAGGGGGGGAUUCCGGAUGGGAAUAUCGCGGAUACGAUGAUGCACUGCUACCAGAUUCCGUUUUGUGUGAACACUGCUCGUCUUGGAUAUGACAGCCCGGAUGCUGCGUUUUGUAUGACGCCGAACACGAUGCGCCCGAGGAGUCGGGGGAAGCUGUAUCUAACGUCCACCGACCCGAACGUGAAGCCAGCACUUGAUUUCCGAUACUUUACGGAUCCUGAGGGGUAUGACGCCGCGACGAUUGUGUUCGGGCUGAAGGCUGCGAGGAAGAUUGCACAGCAGGAGCCGUUCAAGUCGUGGAUCAAGAGGGAGGUCGCGCCGGGGCCGGACGUGCAGUCGGACGAGGAUCUGAGCGAGUAUGGGAGGAGGGUCGCACACACGGUGUAUCAUCCGGUUGGAACGACAAAGAUGGGGGAUGUGAAGACGGACGACAAGGCGGUGGUGGAUGAGAAGCUAAGGGUGCGGGGACUGAAGGGGGUGAGGAUUGCGGAUGCGGGCGUGUUUCCCUCGAUGGUGAGCAUCAACCCGAUGUUGACGGUGCUGGCGAUUGGAGAGAGGUGUGCGGAGAUGAUUGCGGAGGAGGGGGGAUGGAGGAUGGGAGGGGAGGUAGCGAGGCUGUAG